AUGGAAGAUCAUGUUGCUGAUAAAGGAUGGGAAGCUAUCCGUCAAGUGGCUGAAGCUGCUUUAAAUGAUCCAAAAUUGUAUAUUGAUACAAUAUUAAAAGUUCAUCAAAAACAUUAUAAUCUUGUAUUAUCCGCCUUCGCUUGGGAUCCUGCAUUUUCACGUGCCUUAGAUAAAGGAUGUGAACGUUUUAUAAAUCGUAAUGCUGUCACUGAAUUAGCUGGAAAUCAAAGAAAAUCCCCUGAACUUUUAGCUAAAUAUGCAGAUUUCUUAUUAAAGAAAAGUGCGAAAGAUAUUCAAUUGGAUGAUUUAGAAGAAACACUUGGACAAGUAAUGAAUGUGUUCCGCUAUAUUGAAGAUAAAGAUGUCUUUCAAAAAUUCUAUAGUAAAACACUGGCUCGCCGUUUAGUUUAUAAUCAAUCUGUAUCCGAGGAUGCUGAAGCUUCUAUGAUUUCCAAAUUAAAAGAAGCUUGCGGUUUUGAAUACACCGCGAAAUUACAACGGAUGUUUCAAGAUGUUAAUGCUACUAGAGAAUUGAAUGCGAAAUUUUCAGAUUAUUUACAAAAGCAAGAAGAAGCCAAUGGAAGCACAAUUAAAGGAACUGAUUUUAAUAUCAUGAUUCUUAGUUCAAACGCAUGGCCAUUUCAAGCUCAAGGACCUUUUUCUAUUCCUCCUGAAUUGGAACAAUGUCACAAUACAUUUCUUGCUUUUUAUCAAGAACAUCAUACUGGUCGUAAAUUGACAUGGUGUUAUCAUUUAUCACGUGGUGAAGUUGUGACUAACUAUACUAAAACUAGAUAUAUAUUUCAAGUUUCAACGUACCAGAUGUCUGUUUUAAUGUUGUAUAAUUCAUCAUUAGUGUACACGGUGUCAGCUAUUCAACUACAAACUGGUAUUGAAGAAGCUACAUUAUUACAAAUUCUACAGAUUUUACUUAAAGCUAAAGUAUUGAAAAUUGUAUCCGAUCCAAAAUGUGAAAUAGAUCAAUCAACUGUAAUCAGUGAUGAUUCGAACGAAUCAAAUUUAUCACCGGAUACACACUUGGCGCUAUAUACAGAUUAUAAAAAUAAACGCGUUCGAGUUUAUUUAAAUGUUCCUUUGAAAAGUGAGACGAAACAAGAAAUUGAACAGACUUUAGGGAAUGUAGAAUCUGAUCGAAAAUUAAUUGUUCAGGCUUGUAUAGUACGUAUUAUGAAGACUAGAAAAGUAAUGAAACACCAUCAAUUGAUCUCGGAAGUUGUUACACAAUUAACACCUCGAUUUAAACCCACUGUAUUAUUAAUUAAACGAUGUAUUACCGCUCUCAUUGAAAGAGAAUAUAUUAAGCGAGAUAACAAUGAACGAGAUGCUUAUGAAUAUUUGGCUUAA